CUCUUAUUACUCUACAUAUUAAGUUAACACGAUUUAUUGCACAAUAAUUUUAUAGUCUUAUUUUAAUUACUUUUACUUUAUUGGGUUAAAAAUAUCCACAGAAAAUUUAGCCACAAUUGACAAAUAUAUGAAAGUUUCUGGUAACACUGAAUUAACUUGCCACCUUCAGUAAAGGCGCCAAGACUCAAGUCGAGCUGGGAGUGGAAAUACCAAACUAACAUCUGACCAAAUAACAGCACAAGGUCAUACCACACUGAAAAUAUCGUCUAAUCAGUGAAGAAUGAAGAAAGAUAAAAAAACAAUGGAUAAGACUAAUAAAUCAAAAUUGAAAGAACAACAUAUAUUGGGUCAAUGCCAGUCCAGUCAUAAAAGAAAAGUGAAAGAUGAAGAAUUCCCGGAAACUAAGAAUGUGAAGAGGUUGCGUCGAGGUGAAAAUGUUGACCUUGCCAGACAAGUUUUGGUUACACAAUCUCCAGAAGAAAUAAAGUCCCAACCUUCUGAUGACUCUCAUGAAGAUGUUGAAGCUCAGAAAGUACUCCCAGUAAAACAACGGCCAGUUCUUCAAGCAGUCUUAGAAACAUUGCAUACCAGUCAAGUCUUCUUUGAUCUGGAAACAACAUCUUUAAGAUUGGAUUGUGAUAUUAUACAAAUUGCUGCAGCAGAUAAGGAUGCAACUUUUAAUGAAUUCAUCAUUCCAAAACAGCCAAUACAUUAUAUGGCAUCAAAUAUGACAGGAAUCACUGUUAUUAAUGGAGUCUUGACUCUUCGUGGUAAGCCUCUAGAUGCAAAGACUCCAGCAUUUGCUUUACAUAAUUUUUUAGAAUGGAUAAAAUUAAGAUCACCUGUACUUCUUUACGCCCAUAAUGCCAGUUUUGAUUAUCAACGAUUCUUCCAUGUAAUUCAGAAGGAGAAUCUUGUGGAACAGUUUCAGCAACAUAUAAUUGGGUUUGUUGACACCCUAGGUAUGUUUAAGACAGAGUAUCCAGGACUCAAUAACUACAAGCAAAAUACCCUUGUACGCAAGUUCCUUAAAAAAUCAUAUCGAUGCCAUAGUGCUUUGGAAGAUGCAACAAUUCUUCAGGAAUUGUAUAAUACUACUUUCCCUCAUACUAUUUCUGAUUUCUCAUGCACAUUUGCAUCUGCAUAUGAGAAAUGGAUGUAUGAAAGGAAAGGGAAGAUGUAAAACAAACCUUUAUGCCAAUAAUAUGUAAAAUAUAAAAUCAUAUAAAAUUGUAUGGCAGAUGAAAUAACAAAGCCAGGCAAAUUUACUAUGCAUUUAUGAUGAAUACAAGGAUGAUGGAGUGUGGUUCAGCUUCUUAGUCAACAGGACAUACACUAACAGCAAAACCAUAAGUGACUAUGUUAAAGGAUUAUUGACAAUGUAUUAUAUUUGGGUUCUUAAGUACUGUAAAUAUUUAUACUACAUUCGUACGUAACUGUAAAAGCAAACUGUAAUUUUUUAAAAAGUUAAGUUUAAAUGUUAAAUUAUUUAAAAAUACUGUACAGUAUUAUCCGACGUGUUGUUUACACCCUGUAUUUUUAUUGAGAAAUUUUAUACUAUACUGUAUUGACAUCUUGGUGUCUACUGUAUUAAGUUUUGUCAAAAUCUUUUGUUUGUUGUGUCAUAUUGUCUAGCAAAAUAUGUAAAAAUAUUUUUUUAUUGCGUGUACAGGUUGUACCUCUC